AUGCGGUCCUUAAUGUAUUUUGUGUUACUCAUAUCAGCAGCAACACUCUUAACGUUGACAAAUGCCAAGAAGGAAAAGCCAUUGAAUGAACCUUUUCCAAAGGACGCCAUUGAUGCGAUUAGCUGUGAUAUCUGUAGUCUCUUGGUAAGAAAAACUUACCUUGAUGUGCAGGCUCUUUUCGCAGCGAGUGUUGAGACUCGUGUGCGUGUUAAUGAAGAUGAUAUCCUCACAGCUAUUGAGGAUGUUUGUAAUCCAUUCGCAGAAACUGGACAAUGGAUACGUAGAGUGGCUAUUAACUACUCCGCAAUGACAGCUCCCUUCUUACUGGGAAUAGAAGAAUUGCCGGUAUUCACAAAGUGUAAACGUACAUGUACAACAAUAGUGGAGGCGUGUGAAGCUAUUAUGGAUCAUGAUAGUAUGGAUCAACUCACUCCGAAGCUUUUACAUCUCCCUGAGUAUGCAGAUGGUGAGACCUUGGCCCGUUCACUCUGUCAGACAUCACCUAUAUGCACAAAGAGAAAGAGUCUUUCUGCUGAACGAUAUGCAGAACUCCGUACAAUGAUUAAGGCGGAUGUAAUGGAAGAAAUUGAUCCAAAGGAGAUGGAGGUUGAACGAAUGAUGGAUCAAAUGGAACGAAAGGAAAAUCGUCGACAUGAUAUUUUCUCACGUGAAGAGAUAACAGCAAUGCAGCAGGGACUAUUACGUGGUGACAGGGAAGCAGUGGCAAAGAUAGAUCCAUCUAUUAUGGAUCUCAACAAUGAAGAGUUCGCUGCUCUUCAGGCAAUGAUUAGGGGAAAAAUGCCGGCAUCACAGGAAAAAGUAACUGGUCAACAACAAGGACAAUCAUCAGAUAAUAUGAAUUCAAUUGGAAUGGAUCAAGAUAUUUACAAUGGCGCUGAUUAUGGGAAUGAUGAAGAUUCUAUGAUUAUGGAUGAUGAUUUGUAA